CUGCCUAGCAACGCGUAUGUGGCACGCGCAUAAGAUACCAUACAAAGUUGUGCAAACAUUUCAAGGUGCAAGAAAGUGGUCUAAUCCGAAGUACUAUGGCAGCCUGUGGGUGAUGAUAGGCGGCAGGAAAGUAAACGAAAGGUUUCUGAAAGGAGAAAGCUUGUUCUGAAGAUAAGAGAGACCGCAGGCGGACUGGGGAUUUCUGAGAUGGCGAAUAGUGGAUCGCUGAAGUUGGAACACGACAUAUCACCCAUGGACAUGCCCCAGCUUGGAGUCCUGGAGGGGACCAAACCCCUCACUGAUCAGCAGCACCAUAGAUUCCAGGGCUUCCCUGCUGGACAUUUCUCCGAUGUCCGCAAACCAAUCACAGGAAUUGUAGAUUAUAACAGUCAGCCGUUUGGGAACUUCAAAAAGGGACAGCACUUUGUUAAAGGCCUGCCACCAGGCCAGCGAGCAGAAAUCCCAACACAUCCUGCAAAGUUUACUGAAGAUGACCCAACCAAUGAGAGGCGACCCGUAGAGAAGGCAACCAAUGGCAUUCAGUAUGGCUCCGAUGGUAUGCCUUUCAGACGCUCAGCACCGACGCCACGAAAAACAGUCUUCCUACUUGAAGACAGAACGUCCGCCGAGGAACGGAAGAGAUCAAGGCAGAAACGUGAGGCAGAUUGGGACAUUGCUCAAACCAAACAGAACAAAGAGAUGACCUAUCAACAACUGCACGAUGAAAAGAGAAAGGAUCUUCAGAUGCUGAAAGACUACAAGCCUUGGGGCAAGCCAGGAGGAGGUGCCCCUGUCAGCUCUGAUACUAACGUCCGACGAACCAAGAAUAUGGAGGAUUCCGUCUUAGGAAAUCAAGGAGAACUUCUGCUACAAUUUCCAGCCUUUGGUAAGCAGGGUCACGGUGCACCUAUCCGCACUGACUCCGGCUCAAUCCAGACAAGUUUCCGAGCCAAUCACGAAAUUCGAUUCCAAGGUGGGAUGAAGAACAUGCAGCAGAAUGUCAACAACAAGAUCCGGUAUUCCCAGCCGAGGAAAAAGGGGGAUGAGUACAUCAAUGAAUUAGGGAAUCUGGCUUUGGAGCAGAGAACACGGAGGGAAAUUGAGAAACAGAAGGACCUUGAAGAGGAACUGAAAACGUGGAAGUAUGAUCCAUAUGGCAAGUCCGGUGGAGGUGCACCAAUCAAAACGGAUUCAGGACGAGCCUUGGUUGGAAGGCAACGAACUCUGGUCAAGAACAGCUACGAAUUGAGAGAAGUGGAGCAGAAGCAAGAACGCAAACGUAGGCUGAGUGAAGGUUCACGGGCUGAGAGGUCAACAGAUGUUGAUCAGAGCUACAAUCCAUGGGGUAAAGGGAGCGGAGUCCCCGAGAGAGAUGAAGAAGGCAAUGUUAGACGCUACAAAUGGACAGAUGGCACCAAUGUACCAGUGUUUAUAGACCCUGACAUCAAGGGCGUUUCCUUGGAGACCAAUCCUAUCGGAGGCGGAGGUCACAGAGUAGAUGCCAAGGGAGAAAAGUUGACCAGGGUACCACUGACGCUGGUCCAUGACCAAAACACUGGAGGGCCCGUGAGAGAUUCCCAUCGACAUUCAGAGCGAAUGGCUCGUGACCCAUCAGGGCCUCCCCAACCAGGGGACUACGACCCCUGGGGCCGGCCAGGCAACGGCGCCCCCAUGAUGGACGAAGGCGGUAACGUCGUAGCCAUGAAUCGCGGUAAAGCUGAGCAAGAUAAGAUGGGAAUAGGACUGCCGAAACCCGAAGAACAGAUGGCCAAGAAAGAAUACCUCAGUCAGCUCAAGAAAGAGAUAGAACAACAGCACCAACUACGUGAUCAGGAGACAGAGGAAAUCCGUAAGCCGGCUACGGAGGUAGCCACAUGGAUACGUGCUAAGGAGAUUGGCUAUCCUAAGAGAGAUCCAGUGACUAGGGCUAUACUGCCUGUACAUUAUAAGCAGACAUCCGACGUCACUGCUCAAAGAAUGGACAUUCGUCGGCCAGUCGGCAAUCGGCUGGAAUAUCAGAGUGAAUUGGAACGGCAAGCUCAGGAGAGAUACGAGACAAAUCUGGCCAAAAAACAAGAGUCCAGAGAUCUCUCAGCACAUCAUCAUGAGAACUUUGACCGCAAGUGGGGUCGUCCUGGCAACGGUGCCCCAGCUAGUGAAGUUGAUCACAGACGUCAUGCACUGGACACGGAGAAAGGCCAACAGGACGAUCUUUCCCUGCAACCGCCAUGGAACCAGCCACACGCUACAAAGCUUGUCCAGAAACCUUGGGCUCGCACCACGGCUCUGGAGAAUCGAUUCAAGCCAGAGUCUCGACAGAAACUGGCCCGGGAUGGGUAUUCUGUCCGGGCUCCGUGGGCUUCCAUCUAGUUAAACCUCUCAAACAUUAUCUGAUCCACUUGAUUAAUAAGGGUAUUACUAUAUUCAGUUCUCUUCUUUGGGGAAAAACCCAAUCAUGUUUUCUAUUCAUCCGUCCAGUAAUUUACAAAAAUUUGAAUGAUGUCUGCCAUAUGAACAAAUUUACAUUAUAUCUGGUGUAUAUUUAUAAGUAAAUGUGACAUUCCACGUACUUUUGUGUUUUUGUACUUUUCACAUGAAGCUUUGCGUGAAAUCUGUGCAAGGACUGUGUUUUGUGUUUUGUCUGUUUGAAUUUUCGAGAUUUAGCUUUUUAAUGCAAAAUUAUUUAUACGUCACUUCAAUUUUAUAUUUUAAUAUGAAAUAUUUAUUGCAAAAUAUUGUCAGAGAAAAUCUCACCUGAAUUGUACAGACAUUCCAUCCAUUAACAAACCAUUUGAAUAUAUGCAUGAUCUCUAUAUUUUCCCCAAUUUUUGAAGCCUUUCGGAUAUCAUGUAGAAUACGAUUCUUUGAAAGUAAAUUACAUUACCAUUGCAAAAGGAUUGUAUGUUAGUGAAGCACUGCAAUGCUUAAUGAACUGAGAAAACUACAAUUGUUUCACCUAUUUCAAAACGAAUGUUCAAUUUUUGUAUUUUUAAUGGCAAUGGUCUCAGGAAGUUUAUAUAUGAUGACGAACGAAUGUAAUGUUGAAUGAAUCUUUUGUAAAACUAUGUUAACCACAGGGUUUGGGGAAACAUUAUCACUCUAGAAAAUGUGAAAUGUUUCAUUAACUUGUAACUUAUUGUGACAACAGCCGUGUACAGUUGGUGCUUGUAUUAAUAACAUUUUCAUAUUUGUUUUUAUUUUGUGAUGCAGCUAUCUUUUUUUUGUGUGGGGGCAAUAUGUUAGAGGCUUAUUUCAAUGAAAUAACAUUUGUCUUGUCGAAUUUGUUUUCCGUCUUGCCAAAAAAAACGUUUAAUUUGUUGUAACAACUACACUUGCAAAGUUUUUCACAAAGUUUUAUUUAAGUAUUUUGUUUUUUUGUUUUUUGGUGCCAUAUUGUAUUUUUGGUUUUUGUCGGUGUUUUGGGGGUUGUUGUCAGUAUUAACAAUUAUAUCAAGGUGGCAUGCCAUACUGCCUUUUGUAAGGUUUAUCUAUUUUCAAUAAAGGCCUAUUCUCAUUUUUUUUUUUGGGGGGGGAGGGGUUAGGUUCAACCACCUCAUACAUGUAUACUUGCUUAGGAUGUUACACGUAUAUCAACAUUUAUAAUGAUACAAGGUUUUUUUCUGUACAUAUUGGUAUAUAGCAAGGGUAUGCACCAAGUAUAUACAGACAUCUGUUCUAUUCGACACAGUAGUUAACUUCUUAGCACCUGUACAACAUUGUUCAACAUUGUAUAACAUUGUACUUAUUUCUGGAGGAAUCCAUAAAACCAUAGAAUGUUUGGGCAAUUUCACGCGCUUCAAGGAGUAACAGGCAGGGUGUUUUGGGGCGGUACAGAGACUGGGUUUAUACAAGACUUUAAAUGUUUCUUUGUAACAUUUACUUUUUCCUUUGCAUGGUUUCUCUGAUUUACCAUCAGAUUUUGUCUUUCACUCACAAGUAGGUCUAGAUAAGAAUAUUUUGUCCAUUACCAAAUGCUUCACGUUAUCUUUUUUUAUAGUACCUUUCAUUUUUUUCUGCUUAUGUAUAGGCUUUUAUACAUGUGUAUAUAAAUAAGUUUGAUAUUUGGUUGAUGUGCUAUCCAUGAAUGAUCAAUCAUAAAAGAAUUUUUCUUCCGAAUGAAUAUACUUGAUAAUUUGUUGAAAUAAAUAUUAAUGUAUCAAUGAGA